AUGUCCAGCUGUUAAGCUGAUGACCUACAGGACACUCUGUCAGUGUAAGAGACAUUACAGAUCUACAGAGACUGCUAAACUACAAGCAUGGAGAAUGUGGAAGUGUUUGAAUCACCAGGAAAAGGACGUGGUUUAAGGGCCACAAAGGAACUGUGGGCUGGGGAUGUACUGUUUGCAGAACCUUGCUUUGCGGCUGUUGUUUUUGACAGUUAUACGGCUAAUGUGUGUCAUAGCUGUUUUCGUCGGCAGCAGAAGCUGCAGCGUUGUGGCCAGUGUCGGUUUGCACAAUACUGCGAUCGCACAUGUCAGCGUGCAGCCUGGGAAGAGCACAAACAGGAGUGUGCUGCCAUUAAGAGCUAUGGCAAAGUGCCCAAUGAAAACAUACGUCUUGCUGCUCGUAUUAUGUGGCGUCUUAAUAAGGAAGGAGAUGUGAUCUCAGACUUUCAACUCAGUACACUGGAGGACCUGGAAGAUCACAUCUCAGACAUCCCUGAGAUUGAUAUGCAGGAGCUCAAAGUAGAUGUUCACAACUUCUUGGAUUACUGGCCCAAAACAAGCAAGCAACACACUGUUGAAAGCAUCUCACAUAUAUUUGGAGUGAUCAACUGCAACGGCUUCAUGAUAAGUGAUCAUAAAGGCCUGCAGGCAGUGGGUGUUGGUCUCUUUCCCAACCUUUGUCUGGUCAAUCAUGACUGCUGGCCAAACUGCACUGUCAUCCUCAACAAUGGCAAUCACUCUUCCAUCAAUACUAUGUAUCAUACUCAGAAGAGAAUUGAGCUACGUGCCCUGGGUAAUAUCCCUGUGGGGGAAGAAUUGACCGUGGCAUAUGUGGACUACCUCAAUCUGUCUGAGGACCGCAAACAAAUGCUUAAGCAGCAAUACUUCUUUGACUGCACCUGUGAUCACUGCACUAACAAAACAAAAGAUGACUUGAAGAUGGCUGGUGCAGUAGUGGAUGAAGUUAAGGUACCAGAUGAGAAGGUGAAGGAAAUAACAGAAUACAGCCGUGAAAUGUUGCAGAAGAUGGAGAAGGCCCGUGUGGAUGCAAACUACAAUGAGGUAGUAAAGAUCUGCCGAGAGUGUGUUGAAAAGCAGGAAAACGUCCUGGCUGAUACCCACAUCUACCAGCUAAUGAUGUGGAGUACACUCAGUGAGGUCCUUUCCUACUUGCAGUUCUUUGAGGAGGCAGCUAUGUAUGCACGCAAAAUGGUGGAUGGAUACAUGAAACUAUACAAUCCAAACAAUGCUAAGCUUGGUAUGGCUAUCAUGAGAGCAGGAGUGACCCACUGGCAGGCUGGGCAUAUAGAGACUGCACAUGGCAUGAUUUGCAAAGCAUAUGCCAUUCUCAUGGUGACUCAUGGGCCCACACAUCCAAUUACUAAGGACCUUGAGGCUAUGCGAAUGCAGACAGAGAUGGAGCUGCGCAUGUUUAAACAGAAUGAAUAUGUUUACCACACCAUGCGUGAGGCGGCACUUAAAAACCAGCCCAUGCAGAUGAUGGCAGAACCAGUUCAGGAGAGCAUCAAGAGCCUUUUUCGCAAGAAGUAACAUCACACAAUUGACACAUUACCAUGCAUACUAGUUACUCAGUAUGAAUUUGAUCACUGUGACUGAAGAUCAGUCAGACCACUUUGCAGUAAUUUUCUGGAUUUUCUUAUAAAAUGUAAUAAAAAGCCCAUGUUUUUGGUUGUAUAUUACAGGCCAUGUAUUUCUUUUUAAUUUAAUAGCUUACACAUUUUGAAUUGUGUAUUUUAUAAAUAAAGAGUCAUCAC